CAUUGACGGUUUUUGGUGUACAUUGAAAUAUUGAUCUUUCCUUUGCAAGGGUUUAGUGUAGGAAGAAUGAUUUUACAAUAUAACUAUAUUGUUUUGAUUUCAGGUAGCCUCGUUUUAAUUAUUUCCUUGGUUACGUCAAGUGUUCGGAACUGUGUUGUGAGUAGCAUUUUUUUCUUCUUCAUUUUCAUUCGUGUAUGAUACAAUAUACAAUAUGCAAUAUGCAAUAUGCAAUAUACAAUAUACAAUAUACAAUAUAUAAUAAUAUUUCACAAACAUAUUUUGAGUUCAAGUAAAGUGGGGCUUUGGUGGCGCAGUCGACAGAGAAAGCGCCGUUCACCUCUGAGAUCGUGGGUUCUAUUCUCACUACAGCCUCAUGUGAAAAGAGUCAGUCGACGCUCUGCCAAAAGUUCUGGGGGUUUUUUUCAUGCACUCCGGUUUUCUCCCACAGGGAAGGAUAAACACGGUUAAGAACAUAAUAUCACAAUCGUUGUAAACACAAAAGCUUUUAUAUUCAUAGACGUUUUUGUGUUUCAGUACUGUGAUUCGAAGUUAAAAUGCCUAGACCUGCUACUACUAUUGGCACAGAACUCAAACGAUGAAAUGAUUUUAGAAAGAGUUGUACCGUACAUUUUAUACCUUAUCGGAGAUAGUGUACCCCGGGUUAGAGCCCGGGCACUUUGGACCUUGACACAGACCUUACAACUUGUACAAAUGUUGCCACCAAAUGAGGGGAACAUCUUCCCAGAGUACAUACUUCCUGCAUUGGCUAAUUUUCCCGAUGAUCAAGAGGUGAUAGUUCGUAUAGCCUACGCAGAGAACAUCGCACCUAUAGCAGAGACCGCGCUGAAAUUCCUGGAAAUGGCUCAGUUACGGUAUAAUAACAUGGAUACGGAAGAUGGAGGAACGCAGCAGACUUUGCGAUACCAGGUGGGUGGGUUUUUGAAAUAUUUAAAAGUUAUAGAAUCUCUAAGGAAGAUAACAAGAAUAUGUUCAAGAACAACAUGAUAAAACUAAAAGAUCCGACACAGAUUCGUCCUGUAGGCGCUAAAGCAAAUUUCAAUAAACGCAUGGAAUGUUUGAACGCCCACCCGCCUACAGUCAACUCAGCCCACUAACCAACUCGGCCCACCGUUUAAGGACCAACUCCGCUCGUUUGUAAACUGACUGAUUUAACCAUUAAACAAGCUAGGAGCCAUGACUGCUUUCUAUCUUGGCAAAUUUUGCGAGAGAUUUGAAAAUGAUCAGCAAUUUAGUAUGAAAACGGACAGAUCGAGAAUUUGAAACUUCGAUAGAUUCUUUAAUUAAAUUAAGUCAAACUGGAUGUUCUCAAACUUUACUCAUCUAUACGCCCAAUGCAACUGCAAAUGGCUGUAUUGGUUUGGUGCUAUCUUUUGUAAAAUAUUAGCUUUCCUAAUAUGUCAAACAGUAGUUAACAAUUGGGCCAAGAUGGUAUGGGCCGAGUUGGUCAGUGGGCCGAGUUGACCAGCUGCCAUUAAUAAUGCAUGAGGAAAAGACAAAGUAAAUCGCUACCAUGUCGAUGGUUUUAUACCCUUAGACAACGUUUCUAAAAUUACUUCGCCAAUGAACUCAUCAGAUGGGUCGUUUUUUAAGCCAUUUAAAACAUUCGCAGUUAAUUUCUGAUAAAGCAUUCCUGCUCGUGUUUUAAAUAUAGUACAUAUAAUUUCUUACUAUUUGCUUUGUGUUUUGCUGAUGAAUCAUGAAUGCGCAUUCAUUUUCUUUUUCCUCAUUUUAGGGCAGCUACGACGUGGAACUGCAAGAACUCCAUGAAGUGAUUCAGAGUAAAGUGGUGAAUCUUCUCAGCGAUUCCGAGAAUAUUGUAAAACAAACAUUACUGGAGAAAGGCAUCACGCGGUUAUGUGUGUUUUUUGGCAGACAGAAAGCUAAUGAUGUCCUUCUUUCACAUAUGAUCACGUUCCUAAACGACAAACAUGAUUGGCAUUUGCGUGCUGCAUUCUUUGAUAGUAUUGUUGGAGUUGCGUCGUAUGUCGGUUGGCAAAGUCUGGCGAUGCUUAAACCUCUGCUGCAGCAGGUAGCUUCAUUUAUUCUCAGAUUUAUCAGGAUUUUUUUUCAACUUUAAUAUAGAGAUAAACACAUAACCUUUUGCCUUGUCAACUGAACUCUAGUUUCUACUUUGCCUGAUUUCUCGUUUCAACCAUUAUACAUGUGCCCACAGUAUAUGGAACAUUUUUCUCCCUAGCUAUAUUUCACAUGUAAAUAAAGUAUCGUCGUCAACCUGGGCCAAAAAUGUCGAUAAAACCUGAUACGACUUGUGAUUUGUCAAGCUUAAUAAUUAUCCUACUUUCUUUGUAUGUUUGCAUGGUGAGAUGACUGUAAUUCUUUUGUUUUGUGAAAACACCACGUAUAUUUAUUUGGAAAAUAGUAUAUUUAUUUGGAUUGAUAGGGAUACACUACUUGCAAAAUACAAGGAGAGCUUUCGACGUUUCGAGCGAACGCCGUUCGUCUGGAAGGCCCUACGCGGUGUUUCCACAAAACAAAAUAAUUAUUUUUUCGUGUUUGUUUUUGUAGGGUCUUACUGAUACUGAGGAAUUUGUUGUAUGCAAAGCAUUGAAUGCACUGACUUGUCUCACAGAACUUGGUCUACUCCAGAAAUCAACACUCUAUGACUUCACUGCCGACAUUGUUGUUUUUCUAUGUCAUCCGGUAAGUAACAAACCCUCUUCAUUCAAAAUGUUCCUUUCAAUUUCCUCACCCUUUUCCCCUGAAUAGAAAGUGCACCUCUGACACCUGUGAAUAGAAAGUACUCCCCGUAGCCCCUGAAUAAAAGGUACACUCUUACCCCUGGAUAGAAAGUGCACCCUUACCCCUCAAUAAAAAGUACACCCGCUCCACCCUCCUGAAAAGAUAAUUCGCGGAAUCAGACGAUGAGAUUUCUAUAUGCACGUCCAGGUUUCCUGUUUAUUGUAGAACAUGUGGAUUCGUUAUGGUGCUGUUGGAUUUGUUACUGCAGUAGCCCGAAGUCUGAGUGUUGUUGAUAUCCAUUGUAAACUGUUGCCUUUAUUGAGACCGUUUGUGAAAGAAAAGAUCGUCCAGGCUGACCAGGAUGUGUUGUUGAUCAGUGUUCUUAGGGAACCUGUGUCACGCUCUGUUUUUGAUUUUGUUGUUCGAUCCCAACAUAUCACCGCAUUUUUUGCUAGGUAAAGUAUGUAGUAUAUAGCUCUAUCAACUUAUUCCUAGAGGUUAGGGCCAUCUCUUAUUGGGCCAGCGUUUCUUGUUUAUCAUUCCAGUGUUUCCACAAAAAAAACUAAACCAACUUUAUUUACACUAGAUAGUUCUAUCAGUUUUAAAUGUUUCUGAAGGUUCGUUAAAACUUAAUUAGUCGAGUGUUACUACAGUCAAACAAAUGGUAGAGUCACACUGGAAGCAGUCGCCCCACAUGUGACUGAGGAGUUAUCAGAGAACUACAUACUCUUUCUGAAAGGCACACCAUGUAACUAAUACCUGGAUGGCGCAAAAAUAUGUCCCCCUCUUUGACUUAUUGUAAUUAAAAAACUAAAGAAGCCAUCUUGUUGAAAUAAAGUUUAUUGAACGCAGUAAUGUCUAACUUAAAUUUUCGGAUGCAUGCCUUAAACAUUUCUAUAAAAUAUUAGCCGAGAUAUUGGCUUUUAAACUCAAGGUAGCGUUUUUGGAAGUUCAAGCGAAAAAUGGUCUAAAAUGGUCUAUUUAAGCCCCGUUGUUUACACUACGCUCAAUUUUUGGUACGGCUCGGAUAAAAUUGGUACCCGUACCACUUUUUUGGUUCUUCGACUACCUAUUUAGCUAAGCCCCGUUUAACAUAUUUUUACUGGGCAGCAACAUUUCGUUACUUGUAUUGACUGACAACGUUCAUGGGUAUCCUCUCUUUCAGCCUCCAUGAUCGCCAGGCAAUACGAUAUCGCAACGAGCAAGGACAGAAAAUUGAAUAUCCGAGGCUGGAAGACGGCAGUCUCUCUCAUAUGUUUCGUAAAUUGAUUUUACAAGGAAUGAAUGAUGGACAAGAAGACAUGUUAAUUCACCUGCAGACAGUCAUCAUGAAAAUACAUCGCUCGAAAACCAUGUAAGUUGUUGUACAACAUGAAAGAAAACUUCCGAGUACCAAUUUCUAAACGAAACUUCGACACUUAUUGUUAUUUUUUCAGAUCUUCAGAAAAAAGCGAACAUAGCGAAGAUCCAGCUGGACCUGGUGUUGUCGAGUUGAAGAAAUUUGGCAACAGCAUAGUGAGACGUCACGCUGAUCUGGUCGUGAAAACUGAACAGAAAGCUGACAACACAUCGUCACAGACGAAGAAUGUGAAGAAGACUAAACGAGAAUAUUAUUCUCCUCUGGUAUGUAUCACGACAUCACAAGCCAGCAAAUCUCGAAAUGAGAAAAUUGCUGAGUCUGUUACGCCGCUCAGAUCGAUCAAACUAUUAAAUGGAAUGCAGAACGUUUGCACGUCGAACCAGAAAGACCAAACAAUUUUGACGAAAUUAAAAGGUCUAAUUUGGCCAAAUUUUCUUAAAAACCAGGACCUGAUCUCUUCAUUAAUGGAGAGCGCCCUAGCGAAGGCCGGUCGUGUGGAAGUGUCGCGGGCACGGUGGGUCCAGUUUAAUCAUCUGUUUCUAUCUUCUAGAAUGCUGAAUGGAAUCAAAUAUUUGGCAACACGAAUCAGGCAUCAAAUUCGCAGACCUUAACCCAACAAGGAGACGUUGUAACUGCCAAGAAACCAUUGGGAAGGUCUGUUUCAUUGCCUCAGGUAAGCUUUACAUGCCUUACUGCCUGCUGCAGACUUGUAGCAAUGCUGUUCCAACAACUUGUCAACAGGAUUUGUUCGCACUGUUUGUUCCCAGUUUGUCAACAACUUGCUACAAGGUUGUUGAGCUCAACAGACUUGUUACAAGUUGUUCCAACAACUUGUUAUCGUCCUGCGAUUCAACAAUUUGUCAACAAGUUGUGAGUGACAACCUUGUAGCAACUUGAUAAAAUAACAGCAUUGUUACAACUUGUUGACACGCUUGCUACAAACCUGUUGCAAACACAUCCUGUUGACAAGUUGUGAAAUUUAAUGUUUAUGUCAAUCUUCUGUCUACUCCUAGUCAAGUAAACCCAAAAUGCGUACAAAUUCUACCCAAUCUAAUGACGACGCACCCUCGAACCCAGUCCCCCGACCACCAUCUCGCACACCUCCUAUCCAAGCCAAGAACAAAUCACAACAAAGUGCGCAGAUAUCGCAACCUGAAGCGUUGCGACCUGGGCCGGAUUAUAAACGAAAUCUGCGGGAUCUGGUGAAACAUAAGCGAGAACAACAUGCUGAAGGUAGACUAUACUAACUUUAUACUGGUUAGCUCUUUCACCUCAAAACUUUUUGAUAAAAUCAACUCGUACAAAUCCAUUACAAGUUUGGUUUGUGUAUUUAGACGUGAAAACAAGGGACCUGAUAGAAAAAGUUCUUAACACCCACAAGAAAGGACAGACAAGGUAAACAUGGUUUGAAAAAUGUUAUUCAUGAUAUGCCAGCAUUUGUUUCAACUUGUUGACAAACUUGUUACAAGCCUGUCGCGAACACAUCUUGUUGACAAGUUGUGAGAUUUUUACGCAUACAGCGAGUAAAACACACCUAUUUGUUUUCUGCAAUGUAAUGGUAUUUUUGUUUGUUUUUUUCUACAGACGUCCUAAGGGAACUUUAUUAAUUCAUCUUCAUGAGCACAGAGCUGCUGUUAACAAGUAUGUCUUGUAAUAUUUUAUCACAGACACAGUUCGGUCCGAGACAAAACCAGGAUUGAAAUGACCUUUUGUAAACAAGUAGUUUUUAUUGCUAGCCAACAAAUGCGGGAAAUGUGUAUUAAUUUUGAUCCAUUCCAGUUUCCCCCCCCCGACCAUGGAAAAUUUCAGAUUUUUUAUUAUGAAAUGUUAAAUUACAGUUGUGAGUACAACACUACGCUACACAAUACAAUCCAUUUCUAUCAUUAUUUUACCCUAGGCUUCACGUUUGUCCCAACACAUCCCUAUUUGCCUCAGCAUCGAAUGACGGUACAGUGAAACUGUGGGACACACAGCGUGUGGAGAAACAGGGCAUGGUCGUCAAGUCCUGUUUUACAUUUCAACUUCAGCAAGGAGAAACAGCCACACGUAAGUGGAAGCUAGUCCCGACUUGUUAAUAACCUGCGAACAGGCCCUCCAGGGUUAGAAUGCGGGCGGCGUUAGCUUGUUAACAAAAACUCGAUUUACCUCAAGGCUAAUUUACAUUAUCAACGUUUCUGGGAUCACAGUAGGAAUUUUGUAUCGGUAGUUUUGAAAGUUUUGAAGGAUUUGUAAUAAAUACUCAAAGGAACUGACUCUUUGUUAAACAGUCAGUUUCUUACAAAUCCUUCAAAACUUAGAAUUCAGCGAUGCAAAAUUCUUGCAGUGAGUGAUCACAGAAACAUUUGAUAGUGUCAACCUAUUUUAACAAACACAAGUUCGCCCCGAGUUAACUGUAACUCCCAACUAUGUCCAAACCAAACGUAAUUAUCAAUAACAUACUUAAAAAUUAUCCCUCAGAAUGUUAGGAAAUUCAUCUCAGAAUGGUAAUUUUUUCUUAAGGUGGCAAAGUGAAAGGCUUGGCAUUUUUACAAGGGGAACAUUCGUUGGCAUGCGCUACGGACAAAGGCGAUAUUUACAUCAUUAAGUAAGUGUCACUAUUGUAGUUUUAUUUUAAUGUUGCUUUUAAUAAGACCAUUGUAUGUUUUCAUGAAUAUAUACUGUAUAUCAAAGAAAACAAUUGUAAAUAUAUAUAAUAUAAUUAGCGGACCAGAAAUUUUUGAUGAAAUCAAAAGAAAAAGAACUGUAGUUCAGCAGAUACAAACAAAUUAUAAUCUCAGCCCAUAGCCAAUCCGGUGGCUCAAUAGUCAAUUCUAUUUUAUUAAAUUCCUUUCCAACCUGUGAAAUGCCUGUAGGACAAGCUUGUCUAAACUGUGUGCAUUUAGUCACAAUUUCAUGAGUUUUGAUUUUAUAAAGGUUACAGUUUAAUUCAGUAGAAUAUAGCGAUCACUUUUUUAUAGUUGUACCUGAGUCUACAUUUAGUUUUAGAGUACAGGUGAAUUAGGAAAUGGUGAUAUAACUGACAGAAUGUGUUUUCCAUUGUUCCUCAGUCUGGUCCCGGAAAGUAAAUUAUUUUUAUCCCGCUUUAGUCCCGAUGUGUUACCUGGCACGUCAUCGACACAAUUACCACAGUAUAAAGCUCUUGUUAAAUUGAACACAAAAUUGGACACAGCUCAAGGUGGCGAUCUGGUGGAUAUGCAUCAGUUUAAUACAGGUAAUAUGUCAUGGGGGCACACUGUACAGUAGUUGAUGGAAUCUCGUUCCCAGAGUUCCCACUACAUAACCCGCGAGUAGGCAUACUCUGGGAACGAGAUUGUAGUUGAUGUGACCUUAGUCGGAUUCUUAGACAAUUUUGCAUGCAUGGACGUAACUGCAUAUGCAGUAUGUAAUAAUAACAGACAUGACUACUUAUAACUAUAACCACAGUACAUUUCACAUUGAGACUACGUCGACAUACCCCUUUACAAUAAAUUGCUUGUUCCAACAUGUUGGGUUUCUAGUCUCCUAUAUACUGCAUACAAAUAGGAUGUUGCGUGCGUCUUCAAUAAAUGUUAAAACUUUGAAAUAAACUUUAUCAUGUUUUAUUUCGUUCCAGCUUCUCAUUCCGUCUUGGCCUAUGCAACAGUGCGUGGUUUGAUCUACGGUUGGGACAUACGAACACCAAAUACGAUUUGGAAAUUGCAGAAUGAUCCAGCUUUAGGUAGCAUUUUUGAAGAUAAAAAUCUUGGAUAAGUAUAACUUCGCAAGUAUGUUGAAGAAUGACAUGAUAACAGUGGAAUUUCCAAAACAAUGAAAAGCAAUGGAACAUUCCAAUCGGAUCGUGAAGGAAUAGUAUGCACUAUUAAUCGGGCUGUUUUUAUUAGUGGUUUGCAAUCAAUCCCUGGAGAAUUAUAAGACAAAUACAGGCGGCCAUGUUGAAUGAAAAUACGCUUCAAAUGCAAGGGCUGCUAAUCAGAUUCUUUUGUUAGCAUUCCUCCCCGCCAUGACGUCAGGUGCAAACCAAGAAUAUGAAUUUAUUAUUUGUAGGUUUGAUAACGUCAUUCGUGGUAGAUCCUUCACAAUAUUGGCUCACUGCUGGGACUUGCAAUGGAGAAUUGGUUUGUUGGGAUAUGAGAUUUCAACUUCCCGUAGCUAGACUUACUCAUCCCAGAGGUACGUAUGAUAUCGUGCUACAGUGUUCAGGUAUAUAAUGUAGUUGUAGUUUAACUAAUUGUUGGUUGCUACAAGGUUGUUGAGCUAAAAAGACUUGUUACAAGUUGUUCCAACAACUUGUUAUCGUCCUGCAAUUCAACAAUUUGUCAACAAGUUGUGAGUGACAACCUUGUAGCAACUUGAUAAAAUAACAACAUUGUUGUUGCCAAACUUGCUACAAAAGCCUGUUGUGAACACAUCUUGUUGACAAGUUGUGAAAUUUUUACGUGUGUGUAUGUGACCGCAGUUUGAUUCCUUUCAGGUGCUCGAGUUCGACGUCUCUCUGCAGCACCAUUGUCACAGUGUAAGCCGUCUUGGGUGACCUGUUCUGUUGAUGGCAACAACGAAGUUUCCGUGUGGAACUUGGAGACUGGUGCUUGCGAGAAAUCUCUUUGGGCAAGUCAUGCCCCACCCCUCUCCCAAACACAGGUACGAAACCCAUUUUGAGCAUGCUGUUCUGUCUACCUAUAGUUGUGCGUUGAAAUAAGGUCAACUAACUAAGGGUUUUGAAGAGGUUAGAGCUCGACAACUGGCAUCUGUAGCUCAGUUGGUUAGAGCUCGACAACUGGCCUCUGUAGCUCAGUUGGUUAGAGCUCGACAACUGGCAUCUGUAGCUCAGUUGGUUAGAGCUCGACAACUGUCUCUCUGUAGCUCAGUUGGUUAGAGCUCGACAACUGGCAUCUGUAGCUCAGUUGGUUAGAGCGCUGCACCGUGAUCGCAGGACCGCAGAUUCGAUUCCUGCUAGAGGCCUAUAGUUUCCAUCUACAAAAUCUUUCAACAACUAACUAAUGGCAUUCAUUCAGGUAUCGCCUCACGCUGUCUACGGAAUCUACACCAGUCCUCCUGACGCUGGUCAGUUUAUUCUAACAGCAGGUUCAGAUAGGCGUAUUCGUCUCUGGGACUUGCAAUUUCCUGAAGAUUCUUGCAUUGUGGCUGGCUCAUCCUCUGACAACCUAAAUGAUGUCGUAUUGAAAUACAAGUAUGUCGUUUCGGUCAUUGCUGCUUGAGAGUUUAAUCGUCUGGUUCAAUAAUUUAGAACUAAUAAAGCUCUAAAUAAGGUUAGUUAGUAUUUAACUCAAGCAACUUGUGUUUCUUAUUUUAAGCUCUCGUCUGAUCGAUGGCACGGAAGUUUUCCGAGAAGUCUACUGCAAGUCAAACCAAGUGAUGACACAAGAUGACGUACCUAAACGUGGCCCUGAUAAACCACCCACUGGCCACCAUGACUGCAUUACAGAUCUAGCUUUCGUCACCAAUCCUCAACAUUUUCUCAUCUCUGCGGCCCGCGAUGGCGUCAUCAAGAUUUGGAAGUAGAUUGCCACGCUGUCGAAUUUUCAUGUACCGUACCGAAUGCUAAUUAGCUCACACAAUGAGUUAGGGCGCCCCAGUCAAACGAGGUCGAGGCUUAAUGAGAGUUGCAACUGUUACGUUCGACCCCAGCACUCAUCGACCAUCAUACAUUCUCAUCAACUUUCAUUGACUUUGAACGCGUUCAAAAUCCAGUCAAUAGUAUCCAGUAACUCUCACCAACUCUCAUGGCAACUUUUGUUCUGAUUUCACCGAUGCAUGAGAGUUGAGAAAUAUCAUGCAAACUCUCGCUCCUCAACUUUCAUCAACUCUUAUUCUCGUUUGACCAGGGCUUCGUAACAUGUCCUACGUUGCGCGACGUUUUAAAGUAGACCACAAUGACUAUAAAAUAUGUGGUAGCGUAAAUUAUUAACCCCACUCACGAUUCAUUGGAUUCGCUUCUCACGACAUCAACAUAUGCCUUCAGGAGUAAUGUCUGCCCACAAAAUUUCCUCCUUUUUUUUUAUUUUGUCAUAUCGCAAUUUUGAAUGCUUAAGACAUUCGAUGACGAUGUCGUGACAAGCGAAUUGGGGUCGUGGAAAUGGGGUCUAAUAACCGAAUUUGUUUAUAAUUGGAAAAUAAAUUAUUUGGUUUGAUUAAUCUGUAAAACAUGAAUACCUUAGUUUUUGAAAUGAAAAUGAUUGGUUUGGUAGGAUAACGAGAACGGGUUUAAUCUUCUUUUUGGAGACAUCAUAAUCAUCUGGA